AUGCUAAACUGUCCGGCUACAUUGAAAGUUAUGGAGGGUAGACCGAGCAGAGGCAGAGGAGGCAGCUGGAGAAGAGGCGGCCGGGGUGGAAAUGACAGCGACAGUGGUGGCGGUGAACACCGGGGCAGAGGCAGAGGAGGCCACCAUCGCGGCCGGGGCAAAAGAGACCAUCACCGCGGUCGUGGACGCGGGGGAAGCGGCUAUGCAGCGGAGUACCAUCACCGGGAUCAAGAUGAACGGGACAACUUUCAGGAGGAGGACGACAGGAGGGAGGUGUUCUCCAGGAGAAAACUGGAAUCAAACUGGGAUCGUUAUGAGGCGUCGGAGAAGCAGAAACCCGAGGAUGACGACACACCCACACAGAGAGGAACAGACUAUCACGUCCUGCUGGAGUCAGCAGGGGAUUCCUUCACUCAAUUCCGGUUUUCAGAAGAAAAGGACUGGGAGAUGGACUCAUUUACAGCCGGUCAGAUGUCUGCAGCGUUUGUGGACCUCCCAGCGCUCUCUCAGAGUCUUGAACAAGUGCCUCUGCAUCAGAGACUCAACCUGGAUGCUGAGCUGCUUCAGGUCUCAACACCAGUAGAGUUGCCCACCAUGACUCUCACCCAUAAACAAGAGAUACCCAAAACAGCAAAAAUUACUCCUCCGUCUGCAGCUUUUAAAGUCACCAACACCGACCAGAAAGUCCCUGUGGCUGCAAACCCAGCUUCGGGUUCAGACUCAAAGGUUUCCUCGACUGCUGCAGAUCUGCCGAUAGAAGAUGAAGGUGAUGAAGAGCUGGACCAGCUGCUCAGUUUACAGAAACCAGUCUCAGGUGUUUCAAGAAACCAGGCCAUUAGUGUCUCAGAUGAGGAGAGUGCAGUUUCAGAGAAAGCAUAUGAAGAAGUGAAGGGGGCGGUGCCAGAAGCGAUAGAACAGAAGAUGGAGAAGGAGAGAGAAGGUGUCACGCAUCUCAAACCUGCUUCCGUCAGGCAGGAGAUGACCGAGGAGGACCUGGAGGACUGGCUGGACAGCAUGAUCUCCUGAAAAUCAAUUCGAACAAAAGGACCUGAUGAAGACAGAAGAACAAGUUUAAAAACUAAAAACUGGACUUUGGUGUUGAAAUUCAAACUUAAAUUUCACCUUUAAAGUCAAUUACAAAGUUGACGUGUUGGACAAAUAUUCAAAAAGGACUUCGAAAAGUAAAAUAUUCUUUGCUUAAGUCUCUGCUUUUUGGUUUAUUGAAAAGAGGCAGUCAAGGCAGUAAUUAUAGUUUGCGAGGUUGAAUGGGAGACAGUGUGUUUAGAGGUGACACAGGUCUGUUAUAAUGUAUCCAAAUGUUGUAGUUGCAUUUCGUGUUUGAGAGAAAGAAUGAUGUGUUCCUUGUGAUAAGUUUCAGAAAUUUCGCCAUCAGAGGAAUCUGAGCUGCAAAGGGGAAGGACAGACAGUGAAACUUUGCUUUAUUGCAUCAAUUACUUUAUUCAUUUCCUCCCCCUCAUCAAAAGAAAUGCGGUUUACCAAAGCUACUACAUACAUACAAACUGUCAUACAAUAGCAGUUAACCAUUUUGUCGUCAAUAAAUCCUUGAACCAG